ACAAUGUAAAUAAAUAAUCACAAAUAUAAAACUGAUGAAGUAUUUGGUGAAGAAAAGUUGCGGGGAAAAUUCAAGUGGAGAAUGAAGAAAAGAUAGAAGAAGAUUCAAGGGAAGAUUUGUUGUGACGACAUUUAAGGAAAUUGUUGGUGGUUUUUUUUCUUUUCUAGACAAAGGAUCACGAGGCAUUUUUCUUUCCCGCUCUUGAUAUGAAAACACAACAACAACAACAAAACAUGAAGAAAUAUAUUAUGAAAUUAUAUAAUAAUCAUAUGAAAUAUGUAGUUAUAUAUUAUAUACGACUAAAAAUGAAGUAUAAUUAUAUAAAGAGGGAGAAAAAGAAGUAUAAAAAAAUGAUACAAAGAAGAAGAUGAAAAAAAUAAGAGGAAGAAACAAAUUUAUAAUGUGAGAAGAUUUGUUCAAAAUGAGGUUUUUUUUUCUCUUUAGUUUUUAACAAACAAAAAAAUGCUUCUGCAACAAUUUGCAUUGCUAUUUUUGACUUUUUUUUCUGACUGAUAUUGAAAAAAUGUUCAUAAAACUUUUCAUAAUUUUGUCCUUCAUUUUUUCUUUAGUUUUUUUUUCUUUCAAAUAAACUUACACAAACACACAAAGAGAACACGAAAAGGUGGGAGAAUUUAGUCAAUUAAUCAAUGAGAGAUUGUACGGCAACUGAAUGUGCAAGAAAGGAGAAGAGAAAAGUGAAGAUAUUUCUUGAAAAUUAAAAAGAAAAACAGACGAAAAUGUACUGGAAUUACAGUGUAGAAUGAAAUUCUGUAAGCUUUUCUUUCCGUUCUCUGCGUUUUUUUAUUAGGCACCCAUAAAUGGAUUAUCAUUUUUCCUUUUGUAAUUUUAGUUUCAGAUUAUUCAGUUAUUUGUAUUAUCUCGAUUAAACAAAUAUAAUAUCUGAAAACGAGAGUGAAAUUUCGAAUGAUUCGUUCGGCCGGGAUUGGCGGUCAUCAGCUGAUGUGGUCUGCUGGGUUGGCAGUAAUUGUGUGACGUUUUGGGUGAGAAAAAGCGCUUUUGUGGGAGUCUUUUUGUCUUAUGAAAUUCCCUUUCGCACUGUGUUUGUUGGGACAACAGCACGCCAAAUCGCGGGAUAAGUGUGUCAGGCACCAGAAUGCCCUUCUACGGACUACACAUAUCGUCCUGUCUGGACAACAGCGAUGCUGAAACGCGAAGACAUGUGUACACGGAGAAGCUGCAGGCCCUGAAGAUGCUCAAGACCCAUCCGGAUGCCCGCAUGAAGAUAUUCGAGCGGGAGGAGGAUGCGGAGCGCUGGAGCUUGCACGGCCUUGACUUCAAUGCCCAGGAUUCGUCGCUGAUGAAGUCGCCGGAGGCUGUGACGUCUCCCGUGGCGUCACCGGUGGCGUCUCCGUCGGGCCCGAAGAAGAUGUUCAAGGAGCCAAAGAUAGAGGAGAUGGCGGAAUUCAGGAAGUCCAUCGAACGAGGCGAUAUCACGACGGUGCGCGGCAAAAUCAUGGAGAAUCCGCAUUUUCUCGUCGGCUGCGGCGACACUCCGGCGAUCCUGAAGCAGGGCUACCGCUACAAUCCCCUCCACGUGGCCGCCCUGGCCAAGAACGCCGCCAUCUGCGAGCUCAUUCUCACCACAAUCUCCAAGGCCAGCUACAUCGAGCGCCUGCACGGCAGCAACGACGCCAAGAUCUGCCAGGACGUGAGCAAUAUUCUCGUGGAUCUGUACCUGAACACGCCAGAGACCGGCCGCAACGAGACGCCCGUCCAUCUGGCCGUGAAGUACGGCGCCGUGGACGUGGUGAAGAUCCUCACGUCCUAUCCGCAGUGCAAGUUGCUGCCCAACCGCGAGGGACACUAUCCGCAGGACAUCGUGUGCUUCCGCGUGGCCAAGCCGGUGGAGGAGGUGGUGAAGGAGAUCCAGGGACUGCUGCAGGAGCGAUACUUCGUGCCGGUGAUUCGAUCUGUGGACAAUUCCCUGCCGCCGGUCAUCGGAGAGCCGUUCUCGCCGAAGAAAAUGCCCGAUCUCCAUGCGGACGCGCUCACGCCGGAGCGCACAAUUCACGCCUACGCUGGGCCCAUGAACAUGGAUCAGGCGCAGGAGUUCCGGAAGCGCUGGAAGACGCCGCCUCGCGUCAAUGUGCACAGGACAAGUUCCUCCCCGAGUUCGUACAGCCUCUAUGCGCGCCCCAACAGUGUGCACGUGUCGACGCCCAUCCCCAAGUGCCAGACGAACAACAACAACCACCAUCUGAAGGCAAAUGACGAGAAUUCCAACUUCCCGCCCGCGAUAUUCGGCCUCAGCAGAUCCUUCAGCGCCAACACGCCGGUCUCCAAGAGACUCUUCGGCACGUACCGUGACACGGAGGAGGCGGACUUGGCCGCGACGCCGGACGCGGAGCGCCACCUGAGGCUCACGGACACGGAGAAGGGCCUGGAAGUGGUGGGGCGGAAUCUGGCCCACGAGCAGAACGUGGGCUGGAACGAGUAUUGGCCCUUCCUGGACGACUUUGUGGAUCUCAGCUCGCCGCGCGGCCUCGAGAUGCUGGAGAGUCACCUGAAGGCGCGCGACGCUCUCUCGGAUCUCUACAGUGCCUUCGAUAAUCUCAACAUCAACGAGAGCUUCAGGCGCGGCGAGUCGACGCCCAGGAGUGGACAUGGCGAGCAGCGCUUCGAGUACGAUUGCCUGGAGAAGUCGUGGCAGGUGUUUGCGCGGCGCGUGACGAAGACCAUCAUUCGCGGAAUCGACAACGUGAUUGUCGUGCACGAUGCGCUGAGUGGCGAGAUGAAGAGGCUGCAGUCGCUGGUGCAGAGCUACAAGGAGGACGCGCGCUUCAAUGGCAUCAACUACGACAUGGUUCACUCGCGCUUCGGCAGUCUGAUCGUGCAUUAUGUGCUGCUGGACUUUGCCGGCGCCGAGGACAAGGUGGAGUGUCUGAGAGUGUGUCUGGAGCAGAUCCUCAGGCAGCGAGUGCGCAUGUCCUUCGACGACGGCGUCGACUUCCAAGACGUUCACACCGCAAACUUGAUCGCGUCGAAUCAACUCAAGUGUCUGGUCACCUUCAUUCUCCACUGGUUGGAUCAUCGGGAGGACAUUAUCAAGCCGGAUCAGCAGAUGACGUCGAAGGAUUGCGCGGAAGUGUGGUGUUCAGAAUUCCAAUGCGAUUGCAUGUCUUUCCCGCCGCUGAGCAGCGCAAAUCGGCAUGGAAAAGGACGAAACAAGCGACUGGAGAACAGCUUCACGAGGAAACUCUUGGAUUUGUCCUCAAGUCUGUCUCUCAUCUCGGAAGACGACUCCAGUCCGAUUGUGCUCAGCGAUGAGUUCAAAGAGGACAUUAAUGAUAAUCUUCCGGCACCUGAGCGCGAGGAUGAAGCGAAAGGUGAUGAAUUCUGGUCUGGUCACGCUACGCCAGAGAACAGCGAUGACGAGGAAUUCUUCACGCCACCCGAGAGUCCUGUGCCAGAGUCUAGUGAUGACUUUCUGCUGAACAACGCCGGCUGCACGUCCUUCAUUCUCGGCCCGGAGCCGUCGAAGAUGGACGUUGAUGCUGUGAAUGCGAUCGCCAAUGUGGAAAUCAACACGCAAACGCAUCCUUUUGUGCACAAGUGGAAAACCACUGUGCUGAACUAUUCUGCCGAGGAGCGCAAGAGCUUCCCUUCGCCCGCCGUCGUGGUGAAACGGAGUGUGAAGCACUACGAUUCAACGCCUGUGAGCAGUCGUCGGCUGUUUUCGUCGCCAAAAAAGGCCCCUUGA